GAGUAAAUCUCACAGUCACAGUUCGCUGGGAUGGGAGGGAGCGGAGAAUAGCCUCGGCGACGAGUCUCGGCCUCGUUAGUUUAUUGAAUGAGGAAAAUAAAGGUAUGAGGGUGGCAGGGUAGCGAACGUAGAGGUAGCCGAAUGCAACACGGAUCUUUUCGAUCUAUCGGUGUUUAAGAUUUUUCUUAACCGAUGGACUGCAAGUGAAAGCUUAUUUUUUAAUUUACCAUUUCCUAUUAUAAUACGUGUGGAAUGUCUUGUAAAGUGACUGCAGAGCGAGAAUGUAACCAUAUAGUCAAUCGCGAAAUAAGUGAUAGAGAACAAAAACACAGAGAGAAGGAGAACUAUGAAUCGAAGAUGAUUUCUGCUAAGAAAACUCCCGAGAAGAGUCGUUAUCCUAUCCACUAUUUGGUGUGGCACAACAAACAUCGGCAGCUGGAGAAAGAGCUAUCAGCAAACGAGCAGGUGGACGUGGAAACCCUGGACCCCCGGGGACGGACCCCUCUCCACCUGGCUGUCACUCUGGGUUUCCUGGAAUGUGCGCGUCUUCUCCUCCAACAUGGAGCCGACGUCAGCAAGGAGAACCGCAGCGGCUGGACCGUGCUCCAGGAGGCGGUCAGCACGCGUGACCCAGAGCUGGUGCGCCUAGUUUUGCGUUACCGUGACUACCAGCGGACCACAAAGAGGCUGGCAGGAAUUCCCGUCUUACUGGAGAGACUCCGUCAGGCUCAGGACUUCUACGUGGAAAUGAAGUGGGAGUUUACCAGCUGGGUGCCCCUGGUGUCCCGUAUCUGCCCCAGUGACACAUACCGGGUGUGGAAGAGUGGUCAGUGUCUGCGCGUGGACACCACUCUCAUGGGCUUUGAUCAGAUGACUUGGCAGAGAGGAAACAGAAGCUUCAUCUUUCGCGGUCAAGACUCCAGUGCAGUGGUGAUGGAGGUGGAUCACGACAGACAGUUGGUGUUCUGUGAGACCCUGCGUGUUUCCUCCCCACGCCAGGGCAAUACCAGCCAGGGCCUCCUGGGGGUGCUGCAGCCUAGCCAGGAGCAGGUGGCCGCCCGCCUCUCCGCCCCCGUUGUCACCACCCAGCUAGACACCAAGAACAUCGCCUUCGAGAGGAAUAAGACUGGCAUCCUUGGUUGGCGCAGUGAGAAGACAGAGAUGGUGAAUGGGUAUGAAGCUAAGGUGUAUGGAGCAUCCAAUGUGGAACUGAUCACUCGGACCCGAACAGAUCAUCUCAGUGAUCCUCUGAAGGCAAAGCCUAAAGGCGGUAAGACACCCCUGCAGAACUUCUUGGGGAUAGCUGAGCAACACGUUGGACCCAAUAAUGGGGCCCUUGUGACCCAGAUGACGUGCCCCGCUGUAACCAACCCCACGGCUCUGACAGCUGAGGAGUACUUCAAUCCCAACCUGCCCCUGGGCACCCGGGAUAUUGGCCACCCCUGCCAACUCACUACGAAGACUCAGAGGUUCAAGGCCAAACUGUGGCUCUGUGAGUCCCAUCCUCUGUCCCUAGCAGAACAGGUGGCGCCCAUCAUUGACCUCAUGGCCAUCUCCAAUGCCCUCUUCGCCAAGCUCAGGGACUUCAUCACCCUGCGACUACCCCCCGGCUUCCCCGUCAAGAUCGAGAUCCCCAUCUAUCACAUCCUUAAUGCACGGAUCACAUUCGGGAACCUGAACGGGUGUGAGGAGGGGCCAGUGACGGGGUUGGGCAGGGUGGAGGUGGACGCCCACAAGGACAGCGGCCCCAGGACUGACACGAACACACCCUCACCAGGAAGUGAUUGCUCCAGCGUGUCCAGCUCCAGCUCAACUAGUAAGAAACACACACAUUCAGAAAAAACAGCAUCGUGCCGUGUUGGUGAGAUCCCGCCGGGUGUGUUUGAGCCCCCACCCGGCUACAGUGUGCUGGGGGGCAACCAGAGGGACAGCAGCAUGCGUGGCGAUGAGGAGGAGGACCUGCUGCAGUUUGCCAUCCAACAGAGUCUGCUGGAGGCCGGCUCCGAAUACGACCAGGUGACCAUCUGGGAGGCCCUAACCAACAGCAAGCCAGGUUCACACCCCCUUCCCUGCGAGCCUAGUCGUCCGGAAAGGACCCCGCAGCACAAGCCCCGCAGUCCAGGAGGCCUCUGUAGCACGCCGGCGAAGAAGCCCUCCGCCCCCUGCAGCUACGACCAGCAGCUCCGCCUGGCCAUGGAGCUGUCGGCACGGGAGCUGGCCGAGGCUGAGCUACGCAGACGGCAGGAGGAGGAGGAGCUGCAGCGGAUCAUCCAGCUGUCGCUCAUGGAGAAGUGAGCAGCCGAUUGGCCUGGUGGGCUCUCUGAGGUACGGCAGAGGAUGGACGGAGGUCCGGUUGGGGAGGGGGGUGGGGGCCCACUACUCCUGGCUGCGAAUGUCUUGCUCCUCCCACCGAUAGGCCCCCCGUACUCUCCUGCCCACUGCCCGCCAUCUGUAAGAGCCGGUCCGUGUGGCUCUUCAGAACUCUACUGCGCUAAGGCGGACCGCAGUGAUUGGCCAAUCUCUGGUGCUGCUCUGCAAUCUCAGUCAGUCAAGUUUACAACAAAGAAACAAGAACAAACACUUUUAAUUGAAUGCUACUUUGACGGGCCACAUCAGUGGUGCUAGAGUAAUACAUGAUAUAUCUCUGUGUGUGUGUGUGUGUGUGUGUGUCUGUCGGGAGACCCAGCUGCCAUAAUAAACAGUCUUGUGACGGGGGAGGUUUAAGUCAAUUUCACAGACCUGGGUCGAAUUCAUCAGGCAGCGAACAGAGGAAAGUGGACUUAAACAACUGCCUGUUGCAAAUAUUUCUGCUACAGUGUUCCCUGAUGAAUCCAUCCAUAUGUGUGAAUCUGUGGGUCGAAGGUGUUGAUUGUCAUACCCUAUUAGGAGUUCUGUCAUUUUUUAAUGGAUUUACAUGUUUAUUUGUUUUCGCUUUGCACAACAUCGAGACAUACAAUGGAUAUAAAAAGUCUACACACCCCUGUUAAAAUGCCAGGUUUUUGU